CGUAGACUUUGAUUGGCCCCUUGUUGGCCAAAUGCUGCACAAAUGCCUCAUGCACCUCCCCAGAUGUCUCAUGCAUCUUGCCAGAUGCCUUACAUGCUGAAUCUGAGGCUCCAAAUGAAAGCCCAAUAGAUGUGGAGUUAUCUACAUAGAAUUGGGGUUUCGAACGCGACUCAGCCCCGCUUAUGCGCACCGCUUUCACUCAUUCGCGAGUUACUUGACUCACGACUGUGACUGCCACCUUCGCUACGCACAGAACAGUCACCACACAGCACUCAUCACCUUCCGCAACCGCUAUCGGCGUCGGCCUUGCUGAGAGCGUCGCUCUCCAAGCUUGUCGAGAAGCAUGCAGGUGCACAUCCGGAAGUCACCGCGCGCCGUCAUCCUAUCGUCCUCUGGGACCGGUGCUGCCCAGCAUGGAGCGACCCAACAGGACGCGGUAUCGCUGGUCAUAUCGAUGGCCUCAGCAGGGAGCAGCGCCCCUACAGGCUCCACUAGGGCCGUCAUCGAACUCUUGCCCACCUCCAAUCUGGGGCUGUCCGACUCGAGGAGGGUCACGCCCGCCGGCAGACCUGCUCACGGCUGUUUGGGACUUAUGAAUGUCGGGCCGGAUGUUUUUGCCGUCAUCGUAGUCAGAUCCAUCAAAGUAGGAUCUGUCAGACCUGGGGAGGAGGUCUCCAGGAUCAGUGCCGUAUCUUUCGUCUGCAUCAAUAGAGCCAGCUGGGAUGACAUCUUGGAUCCUUCAAUGACCGAGGGUGGGUCCUUCGAUCCAUACGCCGGCGAGUCAAGCUACACAACGACCAAUACAAGCACAGUAGCAGUAAGGGAGGAACAUCCCUGCACAUCUCUCAGAAAGCUGCUGAGCACCGGCAGCUUCUACUACGCCGAGAAGAAUGCCUUCGACCUCUCCAGACGCUUGGACCGACGUUGUCGCCUACGGAAAGCAGCGAAUUCUGAGGGCGGAAAGCGUCCCUUCAAGUUUCCCUCGGCAGACAGACAGCGCAACAAGCAAGCCAGCAGCUUGACCAAUUCCGAUGCCAGAUUUGUGUGGAACACCUAUAUGGCCGAGCCACUGCUGCAUUUCCGCGCUGGCCUCGAUCCCGGGGAGCAAGACAGGCUGGAUCGUGCUGGCUUUCUGCUCCUUGUCAUACAAGGCUUCGUCGCGACCUUCGAAUGGCCUGCAUCUGGAACACAGUCACACAAGCCCUACGGCUCCACAAUGCCAGGUCCCGGCUCUGGCUCUUCGAUCGACGCGUUCGGUCCUAAUGCUGUAGGAUCUGCAGCUUCUUCUUCUUCUCAGAGCGGCACCACUCUAGCGCUCAUAAGUCGACUAAGCUCGAAAAGGGCUGGCACUCGAUUCAAUACACGAGGCAUCGAUGACGACGGCAACGUGGCCAACUUUGUCGAAUCCGAGACACUCUUCACGCACGAGUCUGUCACUGUGAGCUACACGCAAGUGCGAGGAUCGCCGCCGAUGUUCUGGGAGCAACAAGGGCUGCAGACCUUCAACGCGAGGAUACAGAUCACCAGGCCUAGAGUAGCCUCUCAACCUGCUUUCGAUCGGCACUUUGUCGACCUUCUGUCCCAAUACAAAGCAGUGCACGCGAUCAAUCUGCUCGGUACGCGCGAUGCAGAGACGAUACUCAGCGGGGCAUACGCCGAACAUAUGAGGCACACUUUAGCUCCUACCCUGGCUGAAUCCAUGCGCUCGGCUAGGCAUGGGGCAAGCGCCCAUCAAGUCGACGAGAAAAGCGGCUUCGGUUCCGACAGCGAGAGCUCGGAACCCGAUUCGCGAGAUGACGACGGCAGUGACCUGGACAAGCUUGGCCUUACAAAUUUUGACUUUCACGCCACCAGUAGGCUGCACGGUGGGCUGGACGGCGUCAGGUCAGAGCUCAAGUACCUUGGGCCCGUUCAGCUGAAGAAGCAAGCUUUUGGAUUCACCGUGGUAGUCGAGGGAGGAGAGCAAGAAGGGGUAUAUCGCCAGCAGGCUGGGCUCUUCCGCGUGAAUUGUCUCGACUGUCUUGACAGGACAAACGUCGUUCAAGACAUGCUAUCGCAGUCAGCGCUGGAGACUUUCUUCGAGAGGGCUAGCAAGCACAGUGCCGCUUUCGAGCCCUUCGUGCCCUCUGGCCAUCCGAUUUGGUCCACGCAUCGGAUCAUGUGGGCGGAGAACGGCGAUGCUCUCAGCAAGAUCUAUGCUGGUACAGGAGCAUUGAACACGAGCUACACGCGUGCAGGCAGCGGCAAGAAGACGCUUGGAGGCUUUCUUAGCGAUGCAGCAAAGAGCGCUGGACGCAUGUACAUCAACAACUUCCAAGACAAAUCCAAGCAGAGCGUCAUCGAUGCGCUUCUGGGCAAUCUCGCGAACCAAAAGCCCGUCAGCGUGUACGAUCCCCUUAAUGACUCGGUCAGCGCCGAGUUACAGGACCGUCUCGAUGAGUACUCGAGCACGCGCGAGCUCGACAUCUUUGUUGGCACGUGGAACCUGGCGGGCCGCGCUCCGAUGGGCGAGUCCCUUCUACCAUGGCUGUUCCCGCAGGGCCAAGGAGAGGCCAGCAAAGAAGCAGACAUUAUCGCUCUUGGAUUUCAAGAAGUGGUACCCCUCACUCCCCAGCAGAUUUUGAUGACAGACCCUGACAAAAUCCGAGUAUGGGAAAGCGUACUGGUGGACGCGCUGCAUAAGAGACCGAACAAAAGGGGGGAUUACAUCCUGCUGAGAAGCGAGCAACUUGUAGGAUCUGCGCUCGUCAUCUUCGUGAAGGACACAUUGGUGGACAGCGUUCGGCAAGUUGAGGCUGCUUCCCGCAAGACUGGGCUCAAAGGGAUGAGCGGAAACAAAGGCGGAGUAGCUAUCAGGCUUAAUCUUUGGGACACGAGCCUAUGCUUCAUCACUGCCCAUCUCGCCGCUGGCUCUUCAAAUGUAGAGGAACGCAAUGCCGACUAUCACACCAUCUUGAGAGGGCUUGCAUUCCAGAAAGGUCGCAGCGUCGCAAGUCACGAUCACGUCUUCUGGGCUGGAGACUUCAACUAUAGAAUAGAUCUACCGAAUGAAACCGCUAGGCCUCUUUGCGCGCAGCAAGAUUUUGCACAGCUAUACGCUCGAGAUCAACUGGAUCGGGCGCGAGCGUCGGGAUCGGCAUUUGGGGGCUACGAAGAAGGCGAGGUGCGCUUCUUGCCAACGUACAAGUACGACUUUGGGUCCACAUUGUAUGACACUUCGGAGAAGCAGCGUGUGCCGGCUUGGACAGACCGGAUUCUGUUUCGUGCGGCCAGACCUGGCAGCUUGACGCAAACUUCGUACAGCAGAGCAGAGCUCAAGACUUCUGAUCACAGACCUGUCUACGCUAGUUUCAAAGCGGAAGCCAGGGUCUUCGACCACGAUCGCAGGAAUGCCAUUCGCCGGAACUUGCUUGCGGCGGGCAAAAGCGCUCAAGCGCGCAGCGGAGGUUUGGCGCAUCAGUUGCCACACCUAGGCUCGUCUUCAGAAGAAGAUAGCGGUGACCAACUCGACUUGCCCCCUCCUUCCGACGAGCACUCCAAUUGGUGGGAUACCGCAUCAAGCGAGGAUGAAUUAGACCCUUCGAGCGAUGGCUCGAGUGCUGGCAGCGCGCAUGGCAAUCCUUUCGUCAACGCAGAUCGUGAGAAGCCUCAGUGGCAUCAGCCCUCACAAGGCCUCGCAACACCAUACAGACGGCCACCACCUCGACCUCCCAAAAGAGGCGACACGAUUCGGGCCAAGUCAAAUUCCACUUCUAGCCGCUCCGUCCCUGCUCCAAGUCCAGAAAGGCGACGGGCUUUUGAUGCGACAUUGUUGCCCAAGGCUACCUCCGUAGCAGCUCGAGCCAAGAUGUUCGAAGGCUCUGCUCCCUUCGAGCCUCAGUGGGACGCCGAUGGCGUUACAGAAGCUGAUGAUCGGCAAUCUGCAGCGCAUCAAACCGCUGCUGCAAAGCCUGGGCCGCCUCCCGUCCCGAUCAGACCCGGCAUGGGAUCUAGAACAGCCAGCUACAGCUCUGUUCGAAGUGGCAAGAGUCUCAUGGAUAGCGAUAGCGACCAGGAAUCUGCUAGUCAUGCGUUAGGAGACGUUCUCAAACCGGGACAAUGAUCAGUGUCUCAAGCAUCACCGAGUGAGCUUUGUAGCAUUACAUUCAAGAGACUAAAGUAUAGAGCCUGCAUGCAAUUCGUCACCUUCUCUGAAUUUUCCCGAAUUUGUGAGACUAAAGCUUGGACCCAUCUGUGAGUGCGCCCGUGAUGUCCGAAUUGCUGAAGAUGAUCAAAGCACAAAGACAGGCGAUCAGCGCUGGAUCGAGUCAUUCAUUCUUUCAGUCCAACUCACGGUUGCCGGAGGAUGUGCAAGAAGGGCUGGUACAUGACAAGCUUGUUGCUGCCAUACGCGUCCUACGGGUCCAGGCAACACGUGCG